UUGAGAGAGAGAUUAAUAAUUUAAUUGGGUGAUGAAGAUGCAUUGGACAAGAGGCGAAACCCUGGGAGCCGGUGGUUUUGGGUUUGUGUCGAUCGCUAAGACCCACCAAGAAGGCGGCGGCAAUCCCAAUAUCCCGGCGGUGGUGGCCGUGAAAUCGGCCAUAGUUUCGCAGUCGAAGUCUCUUCAGAAGGAGAAGGAGCUGCUGAAGAAGUUGGAGGGAUGCCCCUGCAUCCUCCGCUGCUUCACCGACCAAUUCACCACCGAGAAUUGCCAGAAUCUAUACAACAUCAUUCUCGAGUACGCUCCGGGCGGCUGCCUCGCCGACCUCAUCGGAAAAGGUCUACCGGAGCACGUCGUCAGCCGCCACACCAAAUCCCUCGUCACCGCCCUAAUUCACAUUCACAAACACGGCUACGUUCACUGCGAUGUGAAGCCGCACAACGUGUUGCUUGUGGGCCACGAUUCCAAGCUCGCCGAUUUCGGGAGUUGCAAAAGGAUUGGUAGCGUUGAAGACGACGACGAUGAGCAGCAGCAAGGGUUUAGAGGGACGGUUCUUUACGCCGCGCCGGAGUCGAUAUCCCGGCAGGAGUAUACGGCGGCGUCGGACGUUUGGGCGCUGGGGUGCACCGUGCUCCACAUGUUGACCGGAAAAGCGCCUUGGAAAUUCGGCAAAGACGCGGCGGCGACGGACGUCUUGAUGAAGAUCGGUUGCAGCAAUGAGAUUCCGGCGAUCCCAAAGGUUUCGGAGGAGGCCAAGGAUUUCCUCAGGAAAUGCUUCGUUAAGGAUCCGACGGCACGGUGGAAAGCGGAGAGUCUACUCGAUCAUCCUUUUCUCAAGAUGGCCGACGGCCGCCGCCGCCGCCGCCAUUUAUCAUCAGCGUUGCAUUCACUUUUGCCGCAGUGUUUUCAUGUCACGAAAAUUCAUGCCUAUUAAUUGAUGAUCAUCAUCGUACAGCUUCGUUUUGGUUGUACUUAAUUAUGUGACCGGAUAAAUUAACAUGGCCGGUUCAAAUUAUUUACGCAUCGAAACUUCCAGUUGUGAUCAAUGUGAUAGUGUUGCUUCGUCUGGAUCAAAAUGUUGUGCAGAGUGUUGGAACAGCACGCACAACAACACAGAGUAAACAGCAGCGGAAAUAAAUAAAAAUGGGAGAGAAGACACAAGGAGAUACAAAAAUUCUUCAAGUUAUAAAAUAUAUAACUUGAAGACGUCUCAUGGCAAAAAGACUAAAUCAAGAAUGAACAACUCACGUUCAAUACCUUUACAAGACUCUAGGUAUUGAACAAACGACACUCUCAUUAAAAAACAAAACUCGGUUCAAGAGUAAUACUACGAAACCUUACAAAAUAAAACAACGGGUGUUGACUCUGAUGUCAUCCCGACAUACAGAAUCACACUCGUACACAAUUGCCCUACAUGGCUUGAUUUCUCUCUGUAAGCUCUUGGCAGACUUAAGGAACAACGAGUGCUGUAAAAGAUGUUAUCGUAACACACAACAUAACACUCGUACAAGAAUCGCCUAUCACCCUCUCAAGCUGCACUUUGAAUGAGAACUCUUCCCCAGCUUAUAUAGGCAUCUCCAACUUGCUCCCCAAGCCUUGAAAAACGUGCUGCAAGUGAUGGAUGGAGUGGUUGUUGAAGUGGUUAGGUUUUCCUUGUUUGUAGGAACAAACUCCACCAACUUUCUUCCCUUAACUUCCAACAGCCACGUUUGAGCCUCCAACCACUCCCUUUCUCUCUCUUUUCCCUAUUCUCAUCUUCCUUAUUUGUAGGAGUCUUCAACCUCUCUUUGACUCAGCCAUUCGAACCCUACAAAACACACGUGAAGAAGGCAAAACAAACCAAAACUUUAGGAAAGUUUUAUGGAGUUAAAAAUUAACU